UAUGACAUAUUGUGAAAUCAUGAGCGUUUUAUCACCGAGGUAUGAAUUAAUGAAGUACCGAGUGCGAUCUCAGAAUAAAAUAUUAAUCAGACGACAAAUUCCGACGUUCGACGAGUGUCUGGCUUUUACUGUGGCGAAAAAGGGAUUGGCUUUCAAUUAUUCCCGGGACCUGAGAAAUAAACACUCCAGUGAAAUCGAUAUUAAUCGAUUCAACUGUCAAGUACUGGCGUGUCCAGAGGUCGAUUCUUCCGGUUCACUAGUUGAGGACAAGAAAUUCAAUUAUUACAGUUCAUAUCCCCGAAAAUUAAUGCUCGGAAAUAGAACGGCAGUAUGUGUGCCGACAAUUGGAUUAUUUGUGCAUAUCGAAAAGCCGGAUAAUUAUACAAGUGCUCAAUUAACUUGUGCCAAAUUCGAAGGCAAAUUGGCAAAUAUCAUGAGUGCAGAGAGGACGGCUGGGCUAUCACCAUUUCUUUAUUCCGAAAAUCCUGUUUACGUGGGAUUGAGUAAUCGAGGCGAAGAGCGAUAUUGGAGGAAUGAAUUUGGAAAUAAACUGGAGUGUUCUGAUGACCGACGAUGGGCCGAGGGAGAGCCGUCAUCACGAGGAUGUGUAGCCCUGAUUCGUGCCAACUUUCAUGGGAACAAUCACACCUUUUGGAAGGUAUUCCCAUGUCAUCGAAAAUUCUCAUUCAUCUGUGAAAUAUCGCCGAGAUAUGAACCAGAUCUGUUUUUAAAUAAACUACAAGCCACCAUUCACAUUAAGGCAAAGAAAAAUUUAUUUCACUGAAAUAUUUACACUUUUUUUUUUCGAUUUCUAGCCUGCGAACAUGAGGCCCUUUGUCUCUCGAUGCACUUUUUUAACGUUUAAAAUAAAGUUAAUGAAUUAAUUUGUGCGAGACAAUUGAUAGUAAUAUUUACAUGAUUUUAACAUGAUAUUUAUUGUGUUUAUUUCACUCUUGAAAUAAUUAAAAACUAUGGUAAUAUUUCUUUUCUCAAUUUUUGAAUCUCCAAGGCUCAAAAAUGUCUUUCUCAUUAAGUACGUAAUAGAUAAUUUGAAAGUACCAUGGAUCAAAAUUAUUUCCUCUUAUCUACAUUUUAAAUAUUCUCACUCAAUUAUAUCUGUUAAAGAUAAUCAGACGGAUAAAAAUACUAGCAGAUGCUGCCCUUUGUUUUCUGUUUUCUGUCUUGUGUUUCGUUCUAUUAAAGUGGUAAUCAAUACGGCGCGAUUAAGCGCAUGCUAAUGCAUACGAGCAACUCUUCUACCCAAUUUCAUCAAUCUGUUGGAUCGUUAUGUCUUUUGGGAGAAUUAUAAAAGUACAAAAAAUAUGAAAUUGAUCGUAGUAAUAAAUAAUUGGUUUCUACUCAGAUAAAAAUUAC